UUCGACAUUCGACGUCGUACUUCACUUGAAACGCGUGAACCUGGGUUAGUAGUUUAUCGGGUGUUCGUAACGGCGCGUGAGGUGUGUUGCGUGCGACUGCGUUGUCCGGCCAAAUUAAGCGGCGACCGCGACUAUCGCGAGACACGUCUAACGUGUGUGUAUGUGUGUCACAGCUGCUGUUGACCGGGGAAACGACGGCGGCGAGUAACUAGGGCCCGCGCGUGUGAAACGAGCUAAAACAAAACCAAAAGAUGACAACUUGGCAAGCACCUGGUGCGGGGUUCUAUCCAGGGCAACAAGGUCCAUACCCGUAUCCUCAACAAAAUCCUGGGUAUCCACCACCACAGGAAGGUUAUCCGUAUCCUCAGCAAGUUCCAGGAUAUCCUCCACCUUACUCCGGUGGAAACCCACCAGGACCAGGAUUUAUACCACCGGGUGCCCCGCCGUACGGUGAAGCACCACCACCAGUUAAUCCAGAAUUUGGAGGAAUACCUCCACAAGGUCACCCAGGAAUGUACGGGUCUGGUUAUGGGGAAGAUCCUAUGCAGGAUGAAGUCAAAGGAUUUGAGUUCAAUGACAAAACUAUUAGAAAUGGCUUCAUUAGAAAAGUCUACAGCAUUCUCAUGUGUCAGUUGGUUAUCACACUCGGGAUGAUUUCUCUGUUCCUUUAUCAUCAACCGACACAGCGAUGGGUUCAGAGUCACAGAGAAGUAUUUUGGAUUGCUUUCGCCAUGACUAUCGUUCUGAUCAUAUGCAUGGCUUGCUGUACCAGUGUGAGACGCAAGGCUCCGAUGAAUUUCAUAUUUUUGUUCUUAUUUACAAUUGCGGAAGCUUUCUUGCUAGCUACAGCUGCAUCAACGUAUCAAUCUCAGGAAGUCAUGCUGGCCGUUGGAAUUACAGCAGCAGUUUGUCUAGGAUUGACGAUAUUUGCAUUUCAAACAAAAAUCGAUUUUACCGGAUUGCACAGUGUCUUAUUCGUCGCUGUGCUCAUUUUAAUGAUUUUCGGUAUAAUUACGAUAUUCUGGCACGGAAAAGUUAUUACUUUAGUUUAUGCCUCGCUCGGUGCGCUGAUAUUCUCUCUAUAUCUGAUUUAUGACACGCAAAUGAUGAUCGGCGGAAAACAUAAAUAUUCUGUCUCACCAGAAGAGUAUAUCUUCGCCGCGUUGAGUCUGUAUCUGGAUGUAAUCAACAUCUUCCUAUACAUUUUAACUAUCAUUGGCGCUACGCGAGACUAAUUGAUGUCAAUUAUAAUAUUUUUUUGACUUGUGUUAUAAUUACUAAGAAAUACACAGUCAGUGUCUACUUACCGCCGUCCUGCUCUGGCUCUCCGCAGUUAUUGUCCAGAGAGCACACUGUAGGCGAAUAAACAAUGAAGUAUGAAGAAGGGAUAUUGGCAAGACUUUAAUUUCUACGAAGAUAGCUUUUACAAAUUUUCAAAGAUUAAUAUACACAAACAGCACGCUUGUAUUCAAAGCCUUCUGUCUAGUUCCAUAAGGCAUAAUACAGCAAAGCAUUUCCUGUUAUUUUCGGGAGAAAACCAAAUAUAAAUUCUUCUAACUGCUAAUGUGUAGAAUAGUGUGGGUAUUAUUAUUAUUAUUAUUAUUAUUAUUAUUGUUAUAACAAUGUUCAGUGUUUUUUUUUCUUUGUAUCAUUUUGAGUAAUUACCACCAGAACUGUUUUAUUAUAAAAAGCAAUGGUCAACUUUACAGCAUCGUUUUUUCUUUUAUUCCUUUAAGAGACUUAGAUUUUUCCAAUGUGAUCAAUGAGUGUAUAUGUCUAAUUAAAAGUACGUAAAACCAAUUAUUAAUAUAUAAUUGUUAUAAAUAUAUGUCAUAGUGUAAUAAAAACCAGCAUUAGUUAUAUUUGGACUUGACUAUAUGUAACUCCAGGCAACUUUAAGAGACGCUUAUAUCUUGUUGCCUACAUAUACAUACAUAUAUAUAUAAAAAGUUGAGAUUGUGUUUAUUCUUUGUUCAAAUUUGAAUAAUAAAACAAUUUACUUCUCUGAUA